CCAGGCAUCAGCGUCCAUCUGUCCAAAGUGUCCAGCCCACGCACUCUUUUUCGACGUCCAAGAAUCAAUGCAGACAUGCCGGUCCUUCCCCUAACCUCGCCUUCUUAUCCUAAUCAUAGCAUGGCCUCAACCCCAGUCUCGAGUCGUGUCCCUUUGAUAUUCCGGAGACUACAUAGAUUCCAGCAAAUGGACUUCGAACUCGCUCUGUGGCAGCUGUCUUACCUAUGCCUCGCACCGAAGAGAGUCUACCGCAAUGUAUACUACCACAAGCAGACGAAAAAUACCUGGGCUCGGGACGACCCUGCGAUAUUGGUCCUCCUUUUUGGAUGUCUGUUUGUCGUUGCGCUGGCGUGGUCCACGGCGUAUUCUUACACCGUCUUUGACGCCGUAAAGCUAGGCUUUAUUAUGAUCUUACGAGACUUUCUUCUUGUUGGUGUGGUAAUGGCAACCGUGAUACGGUUGUUUGCAAACAGAGUGCUUUUGUCCCCGACCUCUCAUUCGUCCCCAACGGACAUGUCUGUGGAAUGGGCUUACACGUUUGAUGUCCACACCAACGCAUUCUUUCCACUCUUUCUGACUCUUUACGUGGCACAACUGCUUCUGCUACCCGUCAUUCUGAGGGAUAGAUGGGUAUGCCUGCUAGUCGGUAACACAUUGUAUCUCGCAGGAUUCGCCCAGUACAUCUACGGUGUUUAUCUCGGACUUAGUGCUUUACCAUUCCUGAUACGUGCUGAGAUUCUGCUCUCGCCGCUGCUGCCGCUGUUUGCGAGCUAUGUGGUCUCUCUUCUCGGCUUCAAUGUCGCGAGUCACGUUUUGCAAGCAUAUUUUACUUCGUAGUCCCGAGACCGCUGUACGCUACUGUCCAUAGAAACUUUUAUUCCAUUCGUAUUGUUGUGCGCUAGUACUUGCUAUCUUUGGACGCUGGCC